CUCCUAUUUGAGCUUCGGCCCCCUACUAAUUAAUAGUCGUAAUCACUAUAACAAACUUGUGAGAUGUUGGAUGUAAGUAGGAGGGUGUUUAGCAUAAAUUAAAACUUGUUCAUUAGCUUGGAAUGAACAACCUAAUUAAGCACCAACUGAUUGCAAAGUUAAGCAGUCCAUGAAUGUUGAGUGGCCAACCUACACGUACAUUUGAUGCUAUACAAAUAACAAAGUUGGGGUGCAUUAGAACAGACAACCAAAGGCAAAAUAAAAAGAAGUAAUAGUAAUAGCUAGCUAGCUAGUGUGGAAGAAAUGGAUGGUGAAAGGAAGGGCAAAGUUUGUGUCACAGGGGCUUCUGGGUUCUUAGCUUCAUGGCUCAUCAAGCGCCUCCUCUUGGCAGGAUACCAUGUUGUGGGAACUAUUCGAGAUCCCGGAAAUAAGAAGAAGACAGAACAUCUGUGGAAGCUUGAAGGAGCAAAAGAGAGGCUCCAGUUGAUGAAGGGAGACCUGAUGGAAGAAGGCAGUUUUGACGAAGCAAUCAUGGGAUGUCAUGGUGUCUUCCACACUGCUUCUCCUGUGUUAAUGCCUUCACAUGAUCCCAAGGUAGAAAUAUUGGAACCGGCUAUCAAAGGUACACUCAACGUGUUACACUCUUGCAAGAAGAACCCAUUAUUGAGACGCGUGGUUCUAACCUCUUCCUCGUCAACUGUGAGGGUAAGAGAACAUUUCAAUCCCAAUCACUCUAUUGACGAGUCAUAUUGGAGCUCCGAGGAACUGUGUGAAAGAUUGCAGCUAUGGUAUUGUCUGUCCAAAGUGUUGGCGGAGAAGACAGCAUGGAAGUUCUGCAAAGAGAACGAGAUCGAUCUGGUCACUGUUCUGCCAUCUUUCAUCAUCGGGGCUAGCUUGCCGCCAGAUUUAUGUUCUACUGCAUCUGAUGUCCUUGGCCUCUUCAAAGGCGAGGUGGACAAGUUCCAGUGGCAUGGAAGGAUGGGAUACGUUCAUAUCGACGAUGUUGCACUCUGUCACAUCCUUGUGUUCGAGACCAAAGCUGCCACGGGGAGAUAUCUUUGUAGUUCGAGUGUAGUGGACAAUAACGAAUUGGCAUCCAUUCUUUCUGCACGCUAUCCAUCCUUUCACAUCCCUAAUAGGUUUGUAGAGCUGGGCAGGCCAUACUAUGAGCUGGAUACCUCCAAGGUGAGAGGAUUGGGAUUCAACUUCAAGACAAUUGAAGAAAUGUUUGACGAUUGCGUGACAUCGCUCGUGGAACAAGGUCAUCUCUCCACAAACACCACUGCAUGACCGACCGACCGUCCCACCUCCUAUUUCCUGCAUUUUGGAGAUCAAUUAAUAAAUGUACUUCAUUAGUUACCACUCUAACGAUAGAGAUGACGGAUUCUACAGUGCCGGGACUGCACCCGUGUCGUCGCCAAUUAACCGCCUAUUGCCGGGUGUCUUCCCUCUUUACUUUUUUUUGUGGCAAUACAUUGCCCUACGAAAACUCUAAAAGCAAAAACAUGUUCUAGGUUUUCAUUUGUGUCAAUUAUUUUAAUUAUGGUGCUCCAAUAAUAUUAAGUUUAUACAAUGAUGUUACAGUGCAUCGUUAUUCAAUUAAGAGUAUACAAUGUA